AUUCGAGAAGAAGGAAAGGAAGUAGUGGUGAGUAAUAUUUCAUUCUCAUCGUUAAUUUUUUCAAAUAAAUUCAAAUAAGUUAGAGUUCAAUUGUGAUAUUCUGUGAUCUGAACCUGUACAUCGAAUCGUUAAAGCUGGAUUCUUCGGCAUUCAAAAUGACUUCUACACAGUUCAACGUUGGUCUUACCGACAACACCAGGUUGUCGAGCAGGGUGCUGCGCCCCCCUGGCGGUGGACACACCGAUAUCUUCGGGGGAGAGCCGGAGCCCCAGCGCGGUCGUCGCCCCGCUCCUUCUGUCAUCGCUGCGCAACAAGCGGAGCAGCAGAAACUAAUGGAAAGCAGAAAUGGCACAGAGGAAGCCACUCAGAACGGGCAAGUGAGCCCACCAGAACAGCAAGCGAGCCAACCACAACAGCAAGCGGCUCAACCAGAGCAGCAAGCAGCUGAGCCACAAACACCUCCAGAGCCAAAAUGCGAGGAGAAGGUAGAAUGCCAUAAAGUCGAAAGUCCCCAGACUCAAGUCCCUCAGCAAGAACCAGUUAAAGUUGAGGCCCCUAGACGCGUGCGCGUGCCUCCAGGCGGGUUUUCUUCAGGGCUCUGGUAAAAUUGGAGACUGAAGAAAGAAGUUCUUUUCCCGCGGCGCGCGUUUAGUUAAGAUCUAGCUGGGACCAGUUAUAUUAGGGUUAGUCUCGGUCAUAUUCGUCGUGCCUUUGUUGAACGCUAGUAGCUUUAUUUUGGUUGUUGUAGCUAGUUUUUGGAUAAUUAUGGUCCCAUGCUAGCUCUCUUAACUCUGUUUUGCAUAAGUGUACUUUAAUCCUCGCAAAAGGCAAUUUAUUAUUUACUGAAAUGUGUCGCGGUCACUAGGUAUUAUUUACUUGAAUAGGAGAUUAUUUUUUUAUUUCAAUAACCUUGUAAUCUUAGCUUGCGGUAACUGUGCUAGCCAAACUCUCUAAUAGACUUAGGAUUUGCCACAAUCUAUUAUCUUGUACUUUGUAUUUACAAUGUUGUCUACGGUACUGUGUAGUAUUUACUAUUUCGUCUAGUGUUUUAGGGCUUAAAAGUCCGAAUACUGAAACACCUUGUUCUAAAUUUAUUGACGGAGUCGUAUUUUACCUCUGACUGAGAUGUGCCUGUAAUGAUGUUGAAUGUACUUAAAAUGUUUUGUCUCAAUUUGCAUUCGGAUGUUUUGCAGUUGGCGUUUUUAUUAUAAUGUAACUUUUGUAUGCCUUCGCUGGCAAUGAUGCGAUUAUGUAUAUUACUGUAUUUUUAUAUGAAUUACAAUAAAUUUUAAUAACU